CUUUGCAAAACCAGGUCUCGAGAUUAGUCCGUGACAAUGGCUGUCGAGCAGGAGAAGAUUGGCGAACGCCCCACGUCCGAAGCCAUCGAAAGCCCCGAAAAGUUUGACAACCAGAACAAUGAGAUUGCCAUCUUCGACGAGAUCGACCCUGCCGAGGAGAAGGCCCUAGUUCGCAAGCUCGACAGAGUCAUCAUGCCCCUGAUGGCCGCUGUCUACUUCUUCCAAUAUCUUGACAAGGGCUCCAUCAACUAUGCCGCCAUCUUCGGCCUGAAAGCCGACCUUAAGCUCACUGGCGAGGAGUUCUCCUGGGUCGUAUCUCUCUUCUACCUAGGUCAACUUGCCUCCGAGUACCCGGCCGCAUACGUCCUCUCCCGCUUUCACAUCACCCUCUUCGUUGGCGCCACCAUUGUCGUCUGGGGCGGCGUCGAAAUGGCCAUUGGCAGCACUCAGAACUUCCACGGUCUCGCAGCCGCCCGCUUCUUCCUUGGAUUCGCUGAGGCGGCUGUCUCCCCGGCCUUCGUCAUCAUCACUUCCAACUGGUACCGACGCAGCGAGCACCCCAUCCGCGUGGCUACGUGGGUUUCCAUGAAUGGUAUCAGUCAAAUCGUCGGCGCGCUGCUUAUGUAUGCCGUCGGAGGCGCGGAUAUGGCCAUUCAGAGCUGGCGGGCCAUUUUCCUUGUGUUUGGUGGUUUGACUAUUGCUUGUGGUAUCGCCUUUGUUCUCCUGAUGCCCCGAGACACUACCAAUGCAUGGUUCUUGAACGAGCGCGAGCGAGAAAUUGCCACCAGGCGUCUGGCUAUUGAUCGCGCUACUCGUGAUCGCGCUCACUUUGACAAGAAGCAAAUGUGGGAGGCACUGAGUUCGCCCCUGACCUGGCUCUGCUUCAUGAUGGCUCUCUGCAUCACUUUGACCACACCAAUCCUAAAGUUCUCCUCCCUGGUCAUCAGCGGCUUCGGCUUCUCCAAGUUCCGAACCAUGCUUGUCGGUCUCCCCGGUGGCGCGAUCAACUUCUGCACCGUCUGGCUGUCCGCUCUCAUCCCUCGCAUGUUCCCCGGAACCCGAAUCUACACAGCUAUUGGUCUCACUCUUGUCCCUCUUGUUGGGUCAAUUGUUCUACUCUCCCUACCUGUCCACGCUGGCAGCGGCGCCUCCUGGGGGAUCGUCGCCGCGACCUGGCUAGCGGCCUGCUCAUCCGCACCCCUAUGCGCGUGUGCCGGCUUGAUAGCCAGUAACGUCAAGGGCAACACCAAGAAAAGUAUCGUCAGUGCUGGAUUCUUCAUCACUUAUUGUGUUGGCUGCAUUGUUAGCCCUCAGGCUUGGCAGGAGGAAGAUGCCCCACGAUACACCAAAGGCUGCAUCCUCAGUAUUGCCAGCUGGAUCGCCAUGUUGGUCACCCUUUCAACCUAUAUGGUUUUGAUUAAGAGAAAGAAUAGCACUCGAGAUGCUAAGGCUGCUGAGGGGCGUGUCGAGUACCUCUCGCAGUCUCGACUUGGCGAGGGGAGUCACACGCAGAUCGGCGUGUCGGUGGACUCUGAUUUGACGGACCUGGGCGACAAGGGCUUCCGGUAUAGCACUUAAAGUUAGGACGAAUAGCAGAAUAGGAAGUUCUAUGGUGUUAUAUAUUUAGUAUGAAUAUCAUGCAGUGGG